CACUUCCUUCGGCAGCUGCUCGAGAUGAGGAGGAGAGCGGGGCUGGGGCGGAGCGGCCUGGCCCCCCGCGUCUGAGGCCCACCCCCGGGACUUCCCGGACGCCCGGGCUCGGCGAUGUGUGCCCGGUGACCAGGCGGCGCGGGGAGCCCGGACCUGAGCCUUCGGGAGGGAAUGCUGGCUUGGUUUUGAGUGACUUUGGGGAGCGUGAAGAGACCCCAACAUGGAGGACUUUUCUGCCAGGACCUACGGCACCAGUGGUCUGGACAACAGACCUCUGUUCGGGGAGACGUCGGCCAAGGAUCGAAUCAUCAAUUUAGUUGUUGGCAUCUUAACAUCCUUAUUGAUUCUAGUAACGCUGAUCAGUGCUUUUGUUUUCCCUCAACCACCUCCAAAACCAUUGAAUAUAUUUUUUGCUGUCUGCAUCUCUAUGAGUAGUAUUACUGCCUGCAUACUUAUCUACUGGUAUCGACAAGGAGACUUAGAACCGAAAUUUAGAAAUCUAAUUUACUAUAUCUUAUUUUCUAUCAUCAUGUUAUGUAUAUGUGCGAACCUGUACUUCCAUGAUGUGGGAAAGUGAGGCUGCCAAGCAGAAAAUACCAGGUCUCUUCAAAGCUAUACUUAGGACUGUGAAUAAAAGCUGGAUAAGGUAUGCUGAAGAAUCUCCUGCACAAGUCCAAUACAUGAUUUUCAUGUUAAUUGUAAAGCUAAAUUCCCUCUUGCAGGGGAGACAUAUCAUCAAUCACUUUGCUUUUUUCUUUAAGGAGCUGAUGUUGCACUUAAACAUUCCAACCCUUGAAGCUCAAACAGCACAAGUAAUUUUCACUUUUGAAAUUAAAAAUUUUUAUAAUGUAAUUGCAUGGUGAAAGGCUAUGUAACAAACAAUCUUGCAUUUUAAGACAAAUAUUCUUUUAUUUGUUAAACUGAAUAUACAAUUAUUGUUCCCUAAGCAACCAACUCUUGCUUAUAACUACAAUUAAAUUUCACAUUAACAAAACAGACGGUGAAAAGACAAUUUGAUUGUGAAGAUCUAAUUACAAUAAUAAAUAAAAUAAUUUAUACAAGG